CUGGAAAGUUAGACCUUUUUCAUAUUCAGAAGAUCCAAGUCCGGCCUGUGGUAAACUGAAAAAACGAAAGGAUGGAAUUGGAAUUUAAGGCACCUGAUCACAAUAUGUGGAAAAAGGAGGCAGCUGCCUGCGACAAAGAUAAUGGUAAUGGUAAAGAUGAACCAAUUACAGUAAGAAACGAGUAUCCUCGGCUCCCUACCACUUAUUUUGAAUUUAAUAAGGAAUUCAAUUUGAAAAAGGCUGAGGAGAUUAUGUCAGAAAGGCAUAUUUCGAUGGCCCAGUCCAUAGCAAAUGACAUAAUAAUCCCAGACCCUACUCCCGAGCGGGUGUGUGAGACCUUCUUUCACAAAUAUUACCAAUUGGAGCCCAUUCUUAAAAAGGACAGUGUCCAGUGCUUCCUCCAAUUAUUCAAGAACUGUGCAGGCAAGGGCAUGUCAUGGAAUCUUACCAUCACUGCACAAACCUUGACUCACAUGGUCAGUUUCAAUGCCCUGCAAUGUGCAAAAGUUGUAUUGGAGGGCAAGGCACUUGAGCUCCAUGGGAUGCAUGCUAAUCCCAACUGCAUAAACUCCUAUGGAUACUUCCCGCUCCAUGAAGCUGCUGAAAGGUUCUCUAUUGACAUGAUCGAGCUGCUCUUAUGCCAUGGUGCAUCGGCCAAUGUACGCACAGUUGGUAAUGAUGUCAUUGAGGACCUGCUCCCGCUCCAUGUUGCAGUUGAGAAUACUUGCCUGCAUAAGUAUCUGGAGGACAAUCUUUCUCUCAGCCAGAAUCCUCUGGAAUACAUCUACAAGCUUGUCCUUCUGCUGUGUCUUCCUGAAAUGAAGAUCUUCUUGGAUACAACUAGACUGCUUGCAGAAAAAACAAAUAAUCUACUUGAGGAGCUCUGGAAUUACAUCGAGGAUGGAAAACUUAUCCAGUCCGCAGUUCUACUGCUGGCCGCUCAGGAGCAGAUCCGUGGAGGCUGUUCCUCUAAGAUGGAUGGCAAGAAAGAUGGGUUUGACAUUCUCAAUAGGCGUAUACUGAGGCUUUAUCUUGCCUUAAGGUGGGGGAAAGGCUCAAACGAAAUGACACAUGAGCUUCUGGAGGAAAGGAGGACACUUAUUCAUUGUGCAGGGCUUCUUGUUGAUGUAAUUUCCCAUGUUGGUGAACCUCUUUCUUCAUACAUCCAGGCACAUUCAGAGGUCCCCCGUAUGGAGGUCUUGGAACAUGUUUCAUCUAUCCUCAAAGAUUAUGCUUUUCGCCCUAGCCCUACUGAAGAAGUCAUGGAUACUAUAAACCUCCGGCCUUAUGACUGCAAAAUGUCAGACAGAGAGUCAUGUAGCAAAGGACUUACGGAUGCAAACAGGGCAGUUACCGAAACAGCUAGUCUGGAUGCUGCAGAGGAAAAGGCAGCAGGAAAAGAAGUAGGUGAUGGAUGGGACCCCACAUAUAGAAGGAGAAGUUUCUUACCAUGUUGGAGGGUUUAUCCAGCCUAUGCAAGAGCAGAUGCUAGGCCUGGGCAUGAUCUUGAACACCGUGUCUCUCGGUGCAGCCCAUUUGUCAAUGGAUCUACUUCAACUCCAAAUCAUAAUUCAUAACCUUGGUUCGGUGGGAAGAACCUUACCACUUGCAAGCAAUCAUCAAGCCAAAAGGAGCUUUAGCACUGCUUCUAUUGGUGCAUUUAGGCUCUUGAAAGUGCUAAAGCAUGCAUGAGAAGAAACUAGGAAGGUACAGCACGGGCUCUGUUUUUCCCCCUCCAGGUUUGCUGAACUUGGACGUUCCUCUUUCUUUCUUCUCUCAGAUAUCUUUCGUAACAUAAAAAAGCUUUGGUUUUCUCUUCCCAUUUUCGUUUUCUGAAGAUGAAUCACCAACAAGUCGAUGCGGCAAAUAAGUGUCGUCCUGCCAACAACACAGUAACGUUGCUGUAUUUCCUUGACCUUUCUCCUCUCCCCUCUCAUACAGUUCCAGGCGGGCGAGAAAAGGGCGAUGCCUCUCCCGGUGCCGAUUUGGCUGCGUUGCUUUUUUUUUUCAUCGAUUCCGGCGAGGCGGCGGUUGAUGUUCCUCAACGGCUUCAGAUUCCCUUGCUGUUGUGGUGGAAAGCUCCGGUCCGGUCAAUCUGUCGGCCUCCGGCGGCGGAGUUCAUUGGAGUUGAGGACGAAGAAGACCUGUGUGAGUUUGGGUGUAAUUUUGUAUUUCUUCAGGUUCUUCUUUGUAAUUUGCAGUCGUACUGUGCUGCUCUUAAUAUAAUCCCUCCUUUUGUGAAAAAAAAACAUUUCGUGAAAAAAAAGUGUCGUCCUGCCUGUAGAGUGCGUGCCUGUAACAGGUGGAUUACAGAUUACUGAACAGA